AUGCCAGAUUUCGGCGAUGACCCCUGCGCCGGCGGCAUCACCGACUGCCUCUACACCCUCUAUGCGGGAUCAACUGGGGGUGGCGUCCUCGUAGAGUCGACAGUGUCACAGCCGCCGACGCUGGUCGUGGUCACGUUCGGCAAACCGCCCGCGUCCUCCGCGGUUGUGUUGGAAGCCGCUCACGAUGAAGCAGCCUUCCUCGCGGACCUAAUGCAGACGUAUCCGUUCUCUCAAUUUAUGCUGGUUACCUACGCGGAUGAGGCCACGCCGGCUUCAAGCACAGCCUCGGUGGGAACCCCUCCCGUAGAAUGGGUACAACAACUUACCCCGAAAUUCUGCUGUGUGCAUCUCUCGCGCUUUCGGCGCCAUGUCGUGUGUGCGCCGGCCGUGUGCGAACUCAACCCCGGCUGGAUUCGCGAAUUGCAGGAAAUGUCGCGGAGUCUGCAUACACCCCAGGAGCUUGUGGUGGACCUGUUUCUCAAAAUAGGGCUCCGCAUCAGCCUGGCAACGUUGUGCCACCUUGUGUCUGAAGUUCACUGGCUGGGACACGAAAAUCUCGUUGCCGCGCUGCUGGAGCGCAUGUCUGCGUGGGCGGACAAGGAGGCGCGAACGUCCUUCACCGAUGCCUCCGCCGUGGUGGCGGGCGCCCUGCAAGUCCGCUGCAAGGCGAACUUUGAAAGGGUAAGCCACAUGGUGCCAGACCACGGCAGGCUAGAGCUGGGACUGCGCAUAAGGAGUGUGGCCGCUACCCACGCGGGUAAGGGCGACGGUGGUGGUGGUGGUGGUGCCGGCGCAGAGAUGGAUGAGGAGGUGUUGCCCGACCCGCCGCGGACGAGGAGGCCGCCGAUCUCGUUGCUGGUGCUUCAUGCCUGUAGCAGCGGUAGGACGCGGCGCUCAAUCGACGAGGUGACGUGGCUGUUGGAACAGCUCAGCUCGGACGAUGUGGUGUUUGUCUCCCUCGCCGGCGAUGUGGUUGUGCAGCCCAGUCGCACGCCAGCGGCCAUCCGUCAGUGGGAGGCCAACCGGGAUGGUGCACGACAGCGCAAUAAAAAGCGCCGCCCCCCAGUCCAGUUGGCGAUGGCGGAGAUGUGGAAACAGGCAAGGACGGUGCUGCGGCAUUGGCGCUAUGAGCGUCACUGUCGUCUGGCUCGUGGGGAACCCGCUGCGGAGCGUCGUACUGCGAUUGUCUUCUUCGCCCCUUCCAACGCCGGCAGCUUCAACGAACUCUCCCUCUCCUCUGUGCGGCGUGGGCCGGCCUUCUACCGGGUUCCCGUGUUUUGCGUGGUCACGCCAGAGCGGGUGAAGAAGGCGCGUGUGCUGCUGGACCUCUGCCUGCUUACGCAAGGACAGCUUCUCUACACCACCGGGGAGGCGGCGGAGUUUCACGGCAACAUGCCCUCCGAAGGGGCGUGUAAACGCCUGAUUCAAGCAACCCUGCAGAUGAUCCGUGACACCUCCCACUUGAAUGCCGCUUUAUUUCUGGUGGCCGGCCACAGCAGCGGACGUCCUGUGGAGUUGCUAACGACCUCCACGACGUUUGGGGAGACGUUCGCGGCGCUCUUCCGCAGCGACUCCCUGACGGGGGGGAGAACAGGCAAGUAUAUGCUGCUGGGCCCACUUCAGAACGCGUCUGAGGUGCCUGUGUACAUCUCCCAGCACUUGUCGGAGACGCUGGACACCGCAGACACGCGGCUGCGUCUGAUGGCGUGUGCCUACGCGCUCGACACGGGGGACUACGAGGUGGUGCCGCUGCGGUCGCUGGGGGGCCUAAACGGCACCACACAUCCUGAGCGCGUGUGGUGGACGCGUCUGCAGUUUGCCGCGGCGCUGCUGGAUGAGAUGCAACCACGCCGACUGCGUCCCGCCAUCAAGUCGAAGAACUUGACUGAGGGCGAUGCCGAGGGCUGGGGUGCGACGUGUGCCGUGGAUGACACGCACCUCACACACAGAGGGGAGCGGCGUGGACUGCUCUUGGCAAGCUGGAUCCUCUCCGAGUGCUCGGCGCGGUCCAUACGGGGACUGCAGCGCGCCUUCCUCUCGUCGCUUGCCUCGCCGAGCCACGACGUCGGCAGUGCGGUUCUCUGGAGAGAGGACGAAGGGUGGUGGGCGGUGCCCCCGGCGGCGCCGUAUUCCCCGCGCCUCACCCUGCGUCCAUUUGUGAACCUCUCGUGGACAAACUUCCCGGCGCACGGGACAUAUGCGUCGAGCGUGGCGGCAAUUCUCUCUCGCACAUUUCCCUUUAAUCCCAUGAAGCAGCAACCCUCGUCACUCUCCUCCUCCACAACUCUGGCGCUUGAGUCCCUGCAGUACAGCACUGCCGUUAUUCGCCUUGCCUCGGCAAACCAUGUCCCAGCACUCAAAGAGGCCACGACGCGCUACAUCGUGCUCUUCGCCGUGGACCUGCCCACGGAAACAAUGACGCUGCGUCAGCUCAUUCCUGCCUCCUCGCCCAGUGAGCUAGUGCAGAGCAUAGCGCACGAAUUCAGGGAUUUGGCAUUGGAACAAGUCUACUGCGUCGUCCAUCUCGCGCUGCGGCAGGCACCAGAGUUAUGGGUCUCCCAGGAUGAUGUGUUGGUGGCCGACGGGAUUGCCUUUUCCACGCCAUUUGCGCGCGUGGGAAGUGUCAAUGUCAUUACGGUCAGCCACAAUAGUGCGGAGGUGGAGUGGAGUGGAUCCGCAAGGGCCGUGCAACUCGUCUGCCGCCCACUCUCUGGGGACGAGUUGCGAGACAGGAACACGCUGUCAUACCUGUACUCGGAGGACGAGGAACGUGUCGUUGCCGAUGGCGAAGCUGCGUCGCACCACGUCAUCACGAAUCUUCAGCCCUGCACCAUUUAUAGUUUGGAGGUGCUGCCUGUGGAUCGGGGGGAGGCCCGGUCCCUGGUAAAGGAGUUUCUGUGGUCGGAGGGGGUUGAACUGUACUUCGCCACGUGUAUAGAACACAGGCGGUCAAGCUUGCGCCUGGACGCCGCUGUCCCGUCCGAGUCGGGCGUUACGCUGACUUUCUCCUACCCAAUCUACUCUGGCGUGGCGGUGUUGUCCAGCUCAGCGGCGCUGGGAUUGCGUGUUACGCCAACCAUAACGCCUGCAAACGAUGCCGCUGUCGUCGCACACUGCGUACAAACGCGGGACGACGACAGCGAGAAGGAGCAUGCUGUGACGUCGCUCUUCGUCAAGGGCUUUGACGCGAUUUUGCUGCAUAUCGCCUUUGACGUGGAGAUUCGUCCCACACUUUGGCUAGGGAGAAACGGGGGCAGGCAGAUGUGCUGGCUGAGGCGCGCGGUGUCGCCGCAGACGGAAGAAGUGGGCCCUUUCGAGGUCGUGCGUGAGAUCCGCUGUGCCUCUACGCGCUCCACUUCGGUAACGCUGGAGUGGGAGGGCACUUCCACUUCCUUCACCGUGCGCCUCACGACCGGCAACGGCCCUGGGGAGGAAGUCUGCGGUCGCGAGCGGGUGGUGCCUGGGUUGGGCCCCCUGCGCAUCACUCUGGAUGCCCUGCAGCCACGCACACGGUAUACGGCGACGGUGCGGACGGCAACUGGCGCGGGCACGGGGUGUGUGGGGUUUGUCACCCUCCCCGCCGCCCCCCCGCGCGAGAUGGUGCGCGCGACCUCCAACUUGGCCUCCCUGCUACUGCGCGUGCAGCUUGGGGCGAGCGAAGAGGCGAAUGCGUUCACUUCUGUGAAGCUCAUGCCAGAGGAGCCACUGCUGAGCAACGCGGACGGAGCCGGCGGCGUCGUGGUCGCGAGCUAUUCACAGGUGCCAGUUCGACAGCCAGUUGUUUUGGGGGUUGAGGCCAAUUGGAGAGUCAACGCGACGGAAAUUCUCUGCAGCGAGCCCACCCUCCUCUUUGUCGUCACAGACCUGCGGUGCGUGACGAGGCUUGACGGGUGCGUGAUAAUGCUCUGGACCUGCGCCGCCGCGCGGCACGGCUCCCCCCUCACCGUGACGCUCGGCGCGGAGUCGUUUGUGCUGCACACCCGGAACGAGUUGCGUUUUGCGCUGCCCCCACGCACCCCUGUUCGCGUCUCGUUUCACGGCCCUGCCAUUAUUCCGGAGGUGUCGCCUAUUUUUUUGUUGCCGGAGCCUCCCCCGCUGGACCACGCCAACUGCACCGUUGGCGCCCUCACCGGAGGCACCGUGGAGGUGCGCAUCUCAAAGGACUUCUUUGCGUCGCUCCGCCGCCUUCUUGCCGACGUGCAGGGGCUGGUGCGCGUGUUCCUGCACGUCACUGUGACUGAAGCAGCGCAGGUUAAAAAGUUUGAACUGUCAGUUGAUGAGUGCGGCGAUGUCGAUGUGGUGGCGCAGGUGCCCGUGGCAAAGUCCCCGAAGCAGCGCGCAAUGGCACUACGUGUGCAGCUGCGGGAGAGUGACGAUGACUACGGCUGUGCGUUGCUCUGCAGCAGGACAGAUGAGGCGGCCAUGUGGCCCCGCCCCGUGCUGCUUAUCCCAAAGGCUUUCUCUGAGUGCUUCAUGGCUCCCAUAUCUCUACCGGCGCGCAUCAAGGGGCUGCACGUUAUGGCGUUACGACCAACGUCGGUCACUCUCGCCUGGGCCCCUCCCGAGAGCGAAGGCUCUUGCACGGCAAACUGCGCCGAAGUGUGCGUCACAGUACGCUGUGCGGCGCGGGAGGGGCAUGGGCGGGAAUGCAGGCUGCCUGUGCUUUUGCCGGCCCACUCUGUGAGUGUUGGGGGUCUGCUUCCCGCCACCCCGUACCUUGUGCUGGUUCGUGGCCCUGACGACGAGGAGGGCGAGGGGAUUCGCCUCGUAACACCUCAUGAGCUCACGGAUUCCACGCUCGGUGAGUUGCUGCGUUCCGUGCAGGCAUCCGUGGCAGGGGACGAGAGGGAAGACGCAGUGACAGGUUUCGCGCAAAACGACGCUCAUGCGAUGGCGGAGGCUCUGACGCUUCAAAUGACGCUUCCGCCUGAAAGCUGCGCCUGUUGGUCGCUGCCCGCCCACUCCGCAUGGCUUGGGGAGGAGACGGGGGAGUGUGGGCAGCUCUCCCCGUGCUUCUGCGUGCGCGCCUCGCUGCGCGUGGCCGUCGUUGCGGAGUCGGGGGAAUAUCUGCAGUUGUGGAGCACUGCGGGCGAGUCGCAGGCGCAUACGGUCUCCCACACAUUUCCAAAUACACAGGGUGCAGCGGCCGCGCCGCUGCCGCGGCUUGACGUAAGGUGGACCUCCGAUUUACACCAGCUGCCGCGAGGAAACGACGAGGGUUCCGGCGGCGCGGAAACUUGUGUGGACGCGGCGACGGCGCUGGCCGGCAGCAGCAGCAUCCCUGCCACGACCUCCGCCGACACGCCGCAGUGUCGUACCGCUACCGUCGGGAGAACCUCCGUGCACCUGCCGUCCGACAGGCGCGUGGUUGUCGAGGUUGUGGGCUGCCCGCGUCUCCGCGGCAUCGACAGGGAGCACUGCACCGUCGAGUGGAAUGGCUCCUGCGCCUCCUACGUGGUUCACUGGCGUGUGGCUCCGGCGGGUGCGAUUUAUACGGAAACCGUCAUGCGUCAGCAGGGCAGGCGUCCACAGUUGACGCUGGACCUCCGUUCGCUGGGCCUCACCGUUUUAAUGUUUUGUGUGCAUGGCGCAGAGGGCGUCUCCAACUGUGCGUUUUUCACCGUCGUGGUGCCGCUGACGGCAACGGAGCCUCGGGCGUGCGCGCAUGAGAAGAAGGAAGCGGCCGCGGAGAGGCACGUCCCUGUGGGCUUGCCCCCGGAGUUGGUGACGGUUGCGUGGCCUACCGAGGCGGGGGCCCGUCUGCCGGGCGACCGGGACGGCGUUGUGUGCCACCUGCGCGUGACGGAUCGGUCAAGCGGUGUGUGGGUAGCGGGGUUUGCGGAGAUGCUUGGAGACCGGUUCGGCGGGAAGUCGCCCGACCCCUCCGCCAUCACAUGGCUAGACCCUGUGGGGCCUCUCCCCACGCCUGUGGCAAUGAGCUAA